UAGUCAGUUUGCAAAAGAAAUUCGUGGCGCAAAGUGUGCCUAGUGGAGCACAGGAGAGCUUAUAUGCAAACCUUAAGGAUAUACCACAAGGAUGCGAUCAAUGCAGCGAUCACUAUUGCUACUGGCUAUGUCAGCCAUCCUGUUCUGUGCUGCAGUGGCUCUGCCCACAAAACUGUCCAAAUCCGAGGAGGAUUGGCUGGAGCAGAUGCUGACGGAGAGCGAGGAUGGCGGUGAGCUGCUGGACCUGGACGACAGCACCGGAAACCACAUCAGUAAACGAUCUACCGAGGAUUCCAGCAGCUCCUCUGAGGAGCACAAGGGCCAGAAGAAGGACAAAUCGAACAGUUCCUCCGAAGAGCAGACAAAAAAACCUGCGGAUAAAGAAACUAAUACGGAACAUGAGGCUAGGAAACGCAGAAGCGCGGAAGAUUCGAUGAAGCUAGCCUUUUGCCAACAACUGGAAGAUUUGGAUAUUAAGCAUACCAUUCUGCAUGACACUUUCGUAGACUUUUGUAAGCUAGGCGAGUCUAGAAGAAGGCGUCAGGCUACCGAAAGCCAUUCCAGCCAGCUCGGCGAUCGGAUGAGCAGCGAUGAGCCGACCCUGGAUCCCCAGGCUGAGAAGGAGCUGGACGAGGAGAUGGCGCAGGCUGCAGCGGAGCUUUUGAAGGGCAAGGAUAACACAAGCAUCGAGGACUAUGCCCAGGGAUGCGAAGUCAUGGAGGUCAGCUCCAAAGAGGCCAACGAAGCCACCUAUGCCGAAUGAUAUCUCUUAGAGAACUUGAUUUGAAAUAAACAUAAAUAACAUUACAA